CACGAAUACAGUUUCCCAGCAGCAAUCGAGUGAGGCGGCAGCAAAGUGAAAUGUUGAUACAAUCCAUAUUUAUGAAUAUAUUGGCCAUUAUUUUGGUCUGUUGGCUGGGACACGUCACUUCCCAAUCAUCAGCCGACGAUCAAGAGCUUGAAAUCGGUUCAAAAGGUGAGGGGCCGCCGCAGAAAGAAGAAUUUCACUGGGACAAUAAUAACUACGAUCUUGGAAAUACUUAUUGAA